AUGGCAGCCUGGGAGCCCUUCAGGCAGCUGUGUAUUGUUGGCGCUGGGCCGGCGGGGCUGCAGCUUGGCCACUUCUUGUCCCAGGACACAUCCGAAAUCCUUCGAGACUUUGUGAUCUUCGAGAAGAGCAGCUCCGCCGGCAGCUUCUUCCGACGCUUUCCCAUCCAUCGAAUGCUCAUAAGCCUCAACAAGCGGAACGUCGCUCGGGGUGGCAUGGACUUUCGCAUGCGCCACGAUUGGAACUCGCUGCUGGGUGCAGACACUUUGGGCAUUGCCCCGAUGACUGCCCGGACCACGGAGCUCUAUCCUCAUGCAGAUGUCUUGGUCCAGUACCUCAGGGACUAUGCGGUGCAUUUGUCAGGACACAUCCGGUUCAAUACGAAGGUUGUGCGGCUCAGCCGCGAAGAUGAGCACUUCCAUCUGGAGAUCCAAAGCACCAACGCCUCGGGAGAACAACGCGCCCAACGCCUCGUGCAACGCUGUGGGCUGGUGGUGCUGGCUGUGGGACUCACGCCCUCUUUGCCACAGGAUGUGGUCGGCUCCCAUUUGCUGACCGGCUAUGAAGAGCUUGAGCCCAGUGGCUCGGCCUACGAGAAUCGCUCAGUGCUGGUUUGGGGAUUUGGCAACGCCGCCCAUGAAACGGCUCGUGAGCUGCAGAAAUACACGCAGGCCGUCACUUUGCUGCACCGGGAGCGGAGCGACACCUUCGACCUUUGGAAAGCUUCGAGCUCUGCGCUGCCACGCUUCGCCUUCUUUACACACUAUCCAGGUGAUGUAAGGACAGUGACGAUGCAAAUCUACGACUCGUACCUCUUGAAGGCUUUGGACGUGAAGCUGCCCUACUCCUCCCAGGACGAGGAGCCGGUCUUCCUGCCUUGCCCUCCGCAGCUCUGUGUUUGGGUCUCCAAGCGCCAACGUUGUGCAGGUGGAGGCUUCGAAGGGCAGAUCUUGCCGCUGCGCCAUGUGCGGGCCACGGAGCGUCGGGAGUGCGUGGUGGAGGUAGGGCCUUUGCCACUCCAUGCCGAAAGGCAGCUCCGAAGGCGGCUCCGGACGACGGCCGUGGAGGGCCGCGACUUCGUGUGGCGCGGCGCAACGCCCCGGUCCUGGCGGGCGGAGCAGGCCUUGACGCAGCGUCUCCGCGAGCUGGGCUUUGGAUCGUUGGAGGAGUACCUCGCAUGGCGAAACCGCGAAGGCCAAAUGUCUUCUGGGAAGGCCUGGCAUGAGGCACAACGCUUGGAGGUGUCAAGUGCCUUUUUGGAGAGGGAACCAUCCUUCCUACAGUUGGUGGCCAGGCUGCGUCCGAGCUUGGGUAUCGAGCCGUUGCGGUUUCCCGUGGACGUGGCCGUGCGCUGCUUGGGGUGGAAGGCGAACCUGAUGGAGGGCCUGGAGGUUUUCACAGGCAAGUACCCACCCAUGGACGCGUCCUACCAGUCAGUGACGAUGCCUGGCCUCUACUUUGCAGGCGCUGUGAGCCAUGGCCGUGACUAUCGCAGAUCAGCUGGAGGCUUCAUCCACGGCUUCAGGUACACUGCUCGGGCGUUGCACCGCAUCCUGCAGCAGCGAGGCUGCCACGGCGGGUGGCCGAAUCGAAGCUUCCAAGUGGCGGAGCACGGCUGGAUGCAGCAGGUCCUGGAGCGGGUGAAUGAAGCCGCGGGCCCCUAUCAGAUGUUCGGCGAGCUGGUGGAUGUGGUCCUCUUUUUCGGCGAACAGGUGCAGUAUUUGGAGGAGCAACCUUUGGCCUUCGCCCAAGAACAGUUCAAGAUGCAACCACGGCUGCUGUUGAGCUUCGUCUACGGCCGGCGCUUUAGCGCCACGGAUUUACCCAGCCCGGGUGCCAUUGGUGUGGACUUUGGAGAACUCUCGGCCUUCCUCCAUCCGCGCUUGGAGCUUUUUGGGCCCUGUGAAGGCCCAGGGCAUUGUCCACCCAAUCUCUCGCAUGCCAUGGUGGAGGAUGUCUACACCGACUGGCACUCCUGGUUGGGACAUGUCGACCCGCUCUUCGGGUUUCUUCAGGCUUGUGCUGAUAGGGCAGCGAAGUGGCUGAGCGCAGGCAGCGCAGGCUUGUGCUGA